AAGAGAAUUAAAUAUGGAUGAUGUUGAGAAAGGCAAGAAGAUUUUUAUUAUGAAGCAUUCCCAGUGCCACAUUGUUGAAAAGGGAGGCAAGCAUAAGACUGGGCCAAAUCUCCAUGGUCUCUUUGGGCGGAAGACAGGUCAGGCCCCUGGAUACUCUUACACAGCCACCAUUAAGAACAAAGACAUCAUCUGGGGAGAGGAUACACUGAUGGAGUAUUUGGAGAAUCCCAAGUACAUCCCUGGAACAAAAAUGAUCUUUGUUGGCAUUAAGAAGAAGGAAGAGGCCAGGCGCGAAAGGGCAAACUUGAUAGCUUAUCUCAAAAAAGCUACUAAUGAGUAAUAAUUGGCCACUCUCUUAUUUAUUACAAAACAGAAAUGUCUCAUGACUUUUUUAUGUGUACCAUCCUUUAAUAGAUCUCAUACACCAGAAUUCAGAUCA